AUGAAACAACAAGUGACUGUAAGUGCAUGGCAGGACUUUGAACAGGAAAGAAAGGCCAUCUGGAAGUUUGUGUUCGAUGUCAGUGUUGUCCUGGAGAGGGAGCGUAUAUUUAGGAGCCUGGAGAGCCUCGCUACUGAACUUAGCAAUGUGAAAGAUCUUCAUGAGCAGGGUAAAACGUUUGCUGCACGGGCCGAGUCACUGGAAAAGUCUUCGCUGGACAUAAUGCUUGGACCUCAGAAUCAGUCCUUACUGCAGGACCAAGCCUAUUCCACACAAGAAAGAGUUCAAGAGAUACAGGCCAGCCUCAAGAAAAUCACCUUAGAUUUGGAGCUGAUGCACAAGUGGUGGCAAAGUUUCAGCUGUGAGUCUGAGGCUUUCUUCUCUUGGAUCUGUGAUAGUAAGAGGGAUCUUGAAGAUUUGAGCAGAACCUUUGCUAAACUGGAUGAGCAGAUUCACGCUGUGGAGAUGUUGAGGAAGAGCUUAGAGGAGAAGGUGGAAGUCUUUAGCCGACUGAAGACAGAGUUUCAGACUUUAAUGCUUUUCAUCAUGUCAAAUGAAGCUGGUCGAAUUAAAGCUCGCUUCAAGCAGAUUGGGAGAUACCAGGAAGAGUUUAAGAACAGCGUUGAGCAACGAGAGGCGGAGCUACAAUCCAGCUUGAGAAAUACAAAGCAAUUUACCCAAGAUCUCAAUGAGGUUGAAGGUUUGAUGACAGGACUACAAGAAAAACUGAAUGUGCCGAUAACUUCCUGUACAUCAGCAUCAAGAACAUAUAAAACUCUUCAUGAACAUAUGGACGUAAUGCAGCGUCUGCAGCAGCUGGGACCCAGGUUGAUGUCUCUGAAUCUGGGCUGGAGGAGACUGAUGUCUGAUGAAGGCCAGCUGGAGAAAGCUGUGGCUGAGCUUCAGCAAGCUCACAAAUUACAUACCCAGCAGGCCACUGAAAAACAAUCAAAACUAGAAAACCUGUUGACUCUGUGGCAGAGGUAUGAGAGAGAUCUGUUGCUUCUGCAGUCCUGGUUGAACAGAUGUGAAACUCUAUGCAGUUCAGAUUGUCCGUACUUGAGCGCAGAUAUAGCAAACCUCAACAGCCAACUUCAGACACUGCAGGACAUGCAGUCAGAAGUUCCCUUUCAGGAGUCUUUGCUGGAAAGUCUGGAGACCCGGGCAGAGUCUCUGUACUCCUCAUGUUUAGAAGACCGAGCCACAGAAAUCGGAGAUCUCCACUGUAACCUGGAGGAGAGGUGGUGUUCUCUCAGUACCAACAUACCAGUCAGGAUUCAUGAGCUCCUGUCUCACCUCGCUCAGUUGGAGCAGUUUAGUCAUUCUCUGCUUGCUUUGACUCAGUGGUGUGAGAACUUCCUCAGACACAUUCAAAGCACCUGCACAGUCAGCAUCAUCGAUCUGGACUCCAAAAUCAAGGAGGACAUGGCCUCUCUCAAAGCCCAAGAAAAAUCUAUAGAGGCUUUACAGACUCAUAUAGAUGCCAUCAACCCAUCUUUAGCCCCAAGAGACCUGCAGCACCUCCAGACCAAGAAGGAUUUCUGCUAUCAACUCUUCAAUGAAGCUCAGAGUUUAGUAGACCAUCGAGAUGAAGCUCUACUCAAAUUCAAAGCCUUCUAUGAGACCUAUAGUAAAUCCAACAUCUCUCUUCAGACGUUUCACAAAGCAGUUGAAGGAAAAGAAACCUGGGAAGGUUCUAAAAUCAAUGAUGUGAAUCAGGAACUGGGGGAACUGGCUAAGGAGUUAGCAUCUCUAGAGGUGCAGGCCAUCAGUUUGGAUAUUAACCUGAACAAGGCACACUUACAUCUGCAGGGGGUCGAGGGGGAAAGGACAUCCUGCAGAGAACUGGUGGAUUAUAUUGCAUCAAAUCUGCAGGUCCUACAGAGGAGCAUUGGGACAAAGCAGAGCGACGCAGAGUCACUGGCGACCUUGUGGAGCUCCUUUCGAGGACGGAAGGAGCUGCUACUUGAGAGUCUGGCAAAGUUGGAGGAGAGAGUUAAUAUACCAUGGCCUGCAGAAGCCAGCACACAGGCUUUUCAACAGAGGUACACCAGCAGUGAUUCUUUGCUCUUCCUUGAGAGUUUUUAG